AUGGUAACACCAGAAGUCAAGCAAGCACUAGACUCGCUCAACGCCUCCGGUCCACUCUCCUGCAUCAUUGUCGGCAUCGAGAGUCACAUCUGUGUCACUCAGACCACACUCGAUCUCCUCCGGGCCGGACACAGGGUCUAUGUCAUUGCUGAUGGCGUAAGCUCGUGUAAUAAAGAGGAAGUGCCGAUCGCUUUGGCGAGGCUACGGCAUGAAGGCGCCGUGGUGACCUCGAGCGAGAGCUUCAUGUACGAAUACGUCGGGGACGCUAGUACACCCGAGUAA